AUGGGCCAAACCGUAAGUGGUCCGAGCAUUCCGGACGCCGAAAGCCGGGCGCUACGAGAUCUGUUUUCUGCCCUGCGAAGUAAAUCCAACCAGCUCCGCCCUACGCGGACGUCGUUGCCGAAUCAAUCCAACUAUCCACCGUUCAACGAUGGCAAAGACAGCUGGACAGGGAUCACCGUGGAAAUGGGGCAUGUAGUGAGCAUUGAGCUGCCCAACAGCCACUUGAUCGGCGAGUUGCCAGCGGCGAUAGGCCAGCUCACAUACCUCCGUGUGUUAAACCUGUCGUCCAACGACAUUCGAGGUCGCAUCCCAGCGAGUUUAGGCAAACUGCGUCGACUGGCAAUCUUGGACUUGAGCUGCAAUCAUCUCGGAGGUCCAUUGCCCGUGGAAAUCACCAGCUGCGGUCACCUGCAGCACCUGUCGUUGCAACAAAAUGCAUUGUCCGGGGCACUGCCACGAAACUUGGGCCAGUUGACUCAACUGAGGACUCUAUCUCUCGAGUACAAUUCGUUUUCCGGUCCCCUUCCGGUGUCGGCCACACAGCUCUUGCUCUUGGAGCGCCUAAACGUCCGAUCCAACUGCUUUAGUGGCACGAUCCCCAACGAUAUGGGCAACUUAACACAGCUCAAAUUUUUGUCGCUGCGUAACAACGCACUGGAAGGAGCGAUCCCGUCCAGCCUCGGCAACUGCCUCCAUCUCACAUUCCUCAACCUUUCGUCCAACCAAUUGUCAGGAACCGUGCCACAGUCGCUGACGCAACUGACGGCUCUCCGCCAUUUGUACGUUUUUGGCAACUCGGUGGACUUUGGCCAGUCGUUGCCGCCGUCGAUCCGUCCGAUCCUCCAGCGCCAAGAGGUCGAGUACCUCAAGCAAGUGCAAGGCCGGCACGCACGUGUGCCUACCGCCCUCCUCGUAGCCAGUGGCUCACCGUCGACUUCGACCGCCUCGUAGUCCAACUCCCACUCGUGGAAACCAGUCAACGUGUGCAGUUGAUUCAUGUUGUGACGAGGGUUGUUCUUACUACUACUAAUACAACAACUCCUCUUUGAUCACCAGUCUAUUAUUGCGUCGAGGUCGACGGCAUGCGUCGGGUAGCUGCCACCGCCCGGGGCAAACGCCGGCGCGGAGUUGCCUUGUCAGCGCCGCUGCUGUUGCUGCGACGGGGUCGCAGCGAUCGGCUCUGCCGUUCGUGCACUGUCACAUCGUCUUCAUCCCCCUCAUGGUCGGCGCUGUCGAGUGGCCCUUGGACGUUGCUGCUGCUCCGCCGGCGGUCGUGGGACGAGUACGCGACGUGGGCCGUGUGGAUCGCGCGCGGCUCGUCAUCGUCGGGUCGUUCGAUCCAUUCGAUGCACGGGUAAAUGAGCAGCGCAUCGAAUAUCCAGACCAUCGAGAACCGGUGGCCAAUUUUCACGUCGUUGGCAAUGCGGUGGUAUGAACUCCACACAGUCACGGUAAAGUACAACGCGAGCACCACGUCCAGCGUGUAAUGCAUGCGCACCCACACAAUGGACACCAGUCCAAAGAUCUAAACACACGAGAUUUGGGCGACGGAGCUCACUAGAUGCAGUAGCGUUAUUCGUGUAGUUGUA